AUGCUCAAACCAACACAACAAUGGAGCUUGGAGAUGGCAGAUUCAUCCUCGAUCUUGAAUCCAGCCGUAUCGCUAAAACGGAAACGAAGUGAUGACUCAAGCAAUGGCCCAUCCGACACACCAAAACCUCCACCCAACGCGUCAUCCUUAGACCGUGCCUCACCUAUUUCCGAUCUCAAAUCCCAGCCAAACGAACCCCUCGAACAAAGCAAAGGGAAAGGAAAGGCGAAAGGGAAGAAAACUGCACCAAAAGCACCAAAGCGGACCCCGUCCGCACCAGUGCCAGACGCUUUGAAGCGCCUUGCUCAGACACACCGAGCCUUGAACCUCAUUUAUACAUUCUGCUGCACGCGCAAACACUUUGCCACCACAUUCGACAACAUCAAAAAGGCAGUCCAAGCCCAAUUAGGCCAGGGCCGAGAACUAACCAUUGAAGAUGUCGCACGGGUGAAAGUUUUGGUCCCAGGGGCCGUCCGAUUCGAGUAUGUGGACGAAGCCAAACUGGAAGUCAUGACCAUGGGCGAUCAGGAAAUGACCCAGUACGGGAGGCCGACACAAAGCCCGGCCUAUGAAGACACCGAAGCAGCCGAACUUGGAAAUGACAUUCUAGGUGAUACGAAGUAUGUGCUGUUAUUUGAAUUUGUAGACGGCGAUCUCAAGCGGGAAGUGCUGCACCCGAAAACAGGACAGCCUACCAAGCCCGUGCGUCGGAUGAAAGAUGAAGAUCUGAAAAUGCCCGUCUACAGUCAAAAGCAGAUGCUGGGAUUGAUCGAGAAGCGGAAUUCGAAAUUCUCGGACGCUAUGAACGCGUUCCUGGUACAAUGCGAAGAUACCCAGACUGAUCCGGUGGAGUGUCUUGAGCAAGCGAAAGAUGCUUUCAUUCCCACUCCUCCUCAUAGUGGAGAAAGCACACCCUUGGCAGCGAAGGCGCCGGCAACGAUUCCCAAAGAGCGAAAACCCAUUGAUGAGAUUUUGGCAGAGAUCCGGGAGAUGGAGUGGUACCAUGCUCAAAUUGUGCCUGAAGGUCAUCGAGUCUUCGAAGCUCAGUCUCCUGCUUUUGGUGAUCUGACGUUCCAGUUGUCACAGGACCUAGUCAAUGCCUUGUAUAACACCAAAGGUAUCACCCAGCUCUAUGCUCAUCAAGCAGAGGCAAUCAAUCACUUGUAUGAUGGUCACAAUGUGAUUGUUUCAACCUCGACAAGCUCGGGAAAAUCAUUAAUCUAUCAAAUCCCCAUGCUUCACGAGCUGGAAAAAGACCCAGAGAGCAGGGGAAUGUAUAUCUUCCCCACAAAAGCUCUCGCCCAAGAUCAACGCCGCAGCAUGAUGGAGCUUCUGCAGUAUAUGGAAGGGCUGCAGCAUACAAUGGUUGAAACCUUUGACGGGGAUACACCAAUGAGCAGUCGGAACCUGAUCCGCGACGAAGCACGCAUUAUCUUCACCAACCCGGACAUGUUGCACAUAACGAUUCUACCACAGGAAGGCUCCUGGCGAACCUUUUUGAAAAACUUGAAAUUUGUCGUUGUCGACGAGUUGCACGUCUACAAUGGCCUCUUUGGUUCCCAUGUCGCUUUGAUCAUGCGACGGCUGCGCAGAAUAUGUGCCGCGGUGGGUAAUCGACAUGUCAAAUUCAUUUCUUGCUCUGCUACUGUUGCAAAUCCCGAGGAUCAUAUGAAAUCGGUCUUUGGGAUAGAAGAUGUGAAGCUUAUUGAUUUUGAUGGGUCUCCUUCUGGUCGGAAGGAGUUCGUUUGUUGGAACCCUCCUUUCAAAGAUCCUAAGGAUCCUACGUCUGGACGCACUGAUACCGUUGCUGAGACGGCCCGGCUGUUCAGCCAAUUGAUACUUCGAGGCGUGAGGGUUAUUGCCUUCUGCCGGAUCAGGCAGCUAUGCGAGGUACUCCUCCAGGCUGUGAGAAAUGAAUUCGACAGACUGGGGCGCAGCGAGGUCGGGAAGAUGGUAAUGGGCUACCGAGGCGGAUACAGUCCUCAAGACCGACGUCAGAUCGAAAAAGAGAUGUUCGAGGGAAAACUCAUGGGCAUAGUUGCAACCAGCGCUUUGGAACUAGGCGUGGACAUUGGCUCCCUGGAUGCAGUCGUGACAAUGGGGUUCCCAUACUCGAUAUCCAAUCUACGUCAACAGAGUGGUCGUGCUGGACGACGCAACAAGGAUUCACUGUCCGUGUUGAUCGGGGAUAAAUUCCCAACAGACCAACACUACAUGCAAAACCCAGAGGAGAUCUUCACACGACCAAAUUGCGAACUCCAGAUCGAUUUGACCAACGAACUCAUCCUGGAAGGCCAUGUCCAAUGCGCCGCAUUUGAAAUGCCCAUCCGCCCAGAAGAAGACAGCAUCUAUUUCAGCCAUCAAAUUCUCGCCCUAGCUCCCACCCGUCUAACCAAAGACCCCCUGGGCUUCUACCACUGCCACCCCCGCUUCCGACCCCAACCCUCCCGCUGCGUCUCAAUCCGCGAUACAGAAGAGCAACACUUCGCCGUAAUAGACACAACCAACAACCGCAACAUAGUCCUGGAAGAAGUCGAAGCCUCCCGUGCCUUCUUCACAAUCUACGAAGGAGGCAUCUUCCUACACCAAGGAACAACCUACCUGGUCAAAGAACUCAACACAGAAAAGUUCUUUGCCCGCGUCCUCCGCGUCCACGUAGACUGGAGCACCACCCAACGCGACUACACAGACAUCGACCCACUGGAAACCGAAAGCAAGCGCAGCAUCCCAGAAAGCCCAACCCACGCAUUCUUCGGCACCAUCCAAAUCCACUCCGUCGUCUACGGGUUCUUCAAAAUAGACAAGAGAGGCCGCGUCCUAGACGCAGUUGCAGUUGACAAUCCGCCCAUCGACCGCCUCACACGUGGAAUGUGGCUUGACGUUCCCACCCGCGCAAUCGACAUCCUCCAAUCCCACAGACUCAAUAUCGCAGCAGCAAUCCACGCAGCCGAACACGCAGUGCUAUCCCUCCUACCUUCAUUUGUGGUCUCAUCGCCAGGCGACGUAAAAACAGAAUGCAAAAUCGCCAAAAAGGAACUCGCCCGUCCACGAGGCAAUAUUCCCAGCGAAUUCGAAGAUAAGCUGAAACCACCUUCUCGGCAACGGCCUGCGCGGCUGGUUUUUUACGAUGCAAAGGGGGGAUCGUGCGGGUCUGGGAUUGCUAGUAAGGCGUUUGAGUUUAUUGGGUUGCUUUUGAGGCGUGCAGUGUCGCGGAUUGAGGGGUGUGCCUGUCUUUCGCCGCAGGGGUGUGUGGAGUGUGUUUGUGAUGAACGGUGUAGGGAUAUGAAUGUUGUGAUGAGUAAGGCUGGUGCGGGGGUUGUGUUACGGUGCUUGUUGGGGUGGGAUGUUGAUGUUGAUGAGUUGCCUUGGGGGGAGGAUGAGGGAUCUGGGGAGUUGGCGGGGGGUUUGGAGACUGUUGUUAGGGCUGAGGAUGUUCCGUGGAAGGCUGGAGUUCGGGCUGAGGUCACGAUGUGA